AUGGCCAACACCCUCCUCCCUGUCAAUCAGCAGCAGCAGCCCAAUGGCAAGACGUCUCCCUUCUCCCCUUGCAGGCUGGCAGGUGGGGGAGAGGGGGGCGGAGGGGGCCCUUUUUUGGAGUCCCCGCCCGCCAACCAGGAGCUGCUCCCGAGAGAAGCGGCGCAGCAGCUGGACGGUAGGUGGCAGCCGCGAGAGGCCGUGCAGCAGGGUGGCAGCCCGGAGAGCGGAGAGGAUGGCUGCCCAGAUAUGGAAGGGGCAGCAGUGCCUCCGCCAGCGCCGGGGAGCCAAGCAUCUGACAGCUCGGAAGGUGCUGGCAGCGGAGGCCAGAACUACGCUGAAGCCGUGGAGAUCCAGGAGGCGGGGAACGGUGGGCAUCUCGACCCCCAGGAGAACCCGCAGUGCCAAGGCUAUUGUGGGCCGGGGGGCCAGAGGUGCAAGCCCCAAGCCGGAGGGGAGGAGGAAAGGCAGUUUGGCAAGAAGAAGCAUCGGAGGCGCCCCUCCAAGAAGAAGAGGCACUGGAAGCCUUACUACAAGCUCAGCUGGGAGGAGAAGAAGAAGUUCGACGAGAAGCAAAGCCAGCGGGCCUCCCGGCUGCGGGCCGAGAUGUUUGCCAAGGGCCAGCCGGUGGCCCCCUACAACACCACCCAGUUCCUGAUGGAAGACCACGACCAGGAGGAGCCGGACUUGAAGACGGGCCUCUACCCGAAGAGGUCGGCCACCAAGUCGGACGACACCAGCGAAGAAGACUUCAUGGAGGAAGAGGACGGGGGCAGCGACGGGAUGGGGGGGGACGGCAGCGAGUUCCUCCAGAAGGACUUUUCCGAGACCUACGAGAGGUACCACGUGGAGAGCUUGCAGAACAUGAGCAAGCAGGAGCUGAUCAAGGAGUACCUGGAGCUGGAGAAGUGCCUGUCCAGGAUGGAGGAAGAGAACAACCGGCUGCGGAUGGAGAACAAGAAGUUUGGGGGGGACUCGGGGGAGAAUGCCCUGGUAAGGCAGCUGGAGCAGGAGCUGGACAGGUUGCGAGCCGAGAACCAGAAACUCUUGAAAGAGAACGAACUCGGCAGACAGCAAGAGAAACCUCCCUCCAAGGUGGGAGAGUGAAGUUUGAGGGGGAAAUUUGGGGAAGGUCGAAGAGGCGGAAGGGACAGUGGCUUUUUCCCCCAAGACAAAAAUGCAAGAUCCGCAUUGUGGGUCUGUAAAUAUAAAAAAGACAAUGGACCUUUUUUUUUUUUUGGUGACUUAAUCAGAAUAAAAUCAAAACCUUGUAUUGUUUUUGAAUAUAUAGCUAUAACAUAG